UCCGUCGAGCAAGACGCAUGGUGCGUUCUGAGAGCAAACACGCGCGGAUUUAUUUGUAAAAUCAUUCCAGUUCGGAUUAUCAGUCCAUGGACACUUAAAAUGGAGAGGAAUAUAUUUUGGAUAUGUUUGCUGGCGUUCAUGGCUUUAACUAUAGAAGGUAUCAUAGCCUCGACCUUAUUAACAAAAGACACUGAUAUCCCCGAGGCCAUGAGGCACAAGAAGCAGACAGCCAAGUUUAGUUGUACAAUAGCUAACAAAGAACCAGGAAUAAGGUUGGUCUGGUCGAAGCUCGCUAACAAUAACAAAACACAACCAAAAACCCUCAGCAUGGACAGCACAAUCACAACACGGAAAAACCCGAAUGUAGGCAACAACCAAAAAAAGUUCGAGAUUCUGACGACACAGGACGUGGCGAAAAAUCUCGAGACGUAUACGUUAGUUAUCAGGGAUAUUGAGCUGCUUGAUAAUGGUUCGUACCAGUGUAUGCUGAUGGUACGAAAUGUUUCGCACCUCGAAUAUCCCAGGGCCCGUGGACGGUUGCUUGUUUUAGUGGCGCCCAAGGUUACUCCCACCGUCCCAAUCGUAACAGCCGAGGAGGGCGAGAACGUGACCUUGGACUGUAAUAUCCAGGGGUCGCCCUGGCCGCAGAUCACGUGGUCACAUGACACAUAUAGACCGCUACAUUCCGGAGCAAUGGUCUCUCAGCCAAAGCGACCAGCAGUUUAUAAGGGAAACCCUUAUACAAUUAUGGGCAUCGUCAGAUCCGAUGCCGGCGGCUACUACUGCAGCGCUCAAAAUGGCGUCAAACCGAACGCCCAGGCAACGGUGACAGUAAAAGUCUUAUUCAAACCGGAAAUUAAAGCCAUAGCUUCUCAGGUUGGCCAAGUAUCGGGGAAGAAUAAAUGGUCAGAACUCAGAUGUUCUGUUGCAAGCAAUCCGGCAGCGGUCCUCUCGUGGCAUUUCGAGACGGAGAGCGGAUUAAAGGAGGUGAAAAACACUCCCGGAAAAUACGAGAUUACGACAGCGAAUAUUGAGGCAUUGCUAGGCGAAAAACAAAUACAUUUUAUACUGAAGAUUCUCAAUGUAUCGGACUCGGAUUACGGAAAUUAUACUUGCAAAGCUGUAAAUAGAUUCGGUAAUGGUGACGAUGGAAUAACUGUUUUUGAAACGAAAACCUGCCAGGGACCGAGUUGUGAAAACUACAAACCGACUCCCAAGACUGGAUGCAGCUCCAACGCUAAACUCUGCGUUCAUAUUAAAAACAGUGGCUCCACAUUUAGUUCCUCUAUGGUAUUAAUUGCGAUAGCAGCAGUAUUAGCCUUAGUACAUACCAAUAACCAAUGGCACUCUUCCUGAUUUGCAUAAACUGUCACGUGCACCUUUUUAAAAUUCCGAUUGGUUGAUUGAGGAUUGCCUUGCCAAGAAGUUGCCACAGAGGCGAAUCAUGUUCACUCAGAUACAUGAUGCAUGUAAAUUUAGAAGACAUAAUAUCACCACGUCGUGCGUGUAUCACCGCCGUUUAUGUCAUGACGUAUUUCCAAUGAAAUAUCGGCGAUAAUAUACACGACGUAAAACAUGCCUCGCGAUGUUAGUACACGUACUUAGUAGCUGGGGAUUUGAUAGGUUGGAUACCCCCGAUCCAACCAAGAUGGCCGACUCUCUUGAAAGUCCACCGUUCCUGCAUACUCAUUCAUGUAUUCGAUGUAUGGCAUGGCCACAGUUGUUCUUACCAACUUGGUAACUAACUUGGCGUUAUCUUUAACAUGGGGUCCAGUUUACUGAGCUGAAUUUAAGGAGAUAGCGCCUGGUUAACGAGCUAUUUUGGACGAGACAUCUGAGUAAGGUUGUACACCCUUACCGGUCAACAAUAAUUCUGGGUAUUUCGAAGCUAGUGCUACUAGACGGUUACAAAACACAACAGUGAGCUUCCGCUAUCCCGAUCUGUGAACCGCUCCACUGAGAAUGACUCACUUAUGCGUAUAACGUCAUCAGUAUUUGGGCAUGUUUUCUCGAUCUCGGAACAGGAAUCCGUUAAACAGGCCUCAGUACAAUAUUGCUUUCAAUUCACUCUUUCACGUAAAGUCAGCUUAAGACAAUACAUAGGUGUUUGGCAAACCAAAAUAACUUGGUGACGACGUCAAAGGCGCCUUCGAAACAUAAUCAUCCGACAGUUGCAAGCACAAGAUCCCUGUCGCUGAUGCCCGUUUUCACAGUUCCGAUUACGGGAAUGGGAACUGAAACCAUUCUCGGUGGAGCGUUUCUCGGACGGGAGAGCGAAUCAUUACCGGGACAUUGCUCAAUCUACGGGCAUUAACUUUGAAGAUUUCUUUAGGGGUUUUGUACAUCUUCUUGUUAAGUAAACUUCAAUAAACGUUAGAGUUUUUUACUCCAAAGAGCUGUCAACUUACAGUAAAAUUGGUUAGCUUUGUAAACUUCUGUAGAUAUUUGUGUCUGGUUAUUUUCCGCCCCAUCAACAUUCAUAUCCCGUGCAGCAAAAUAAACGGAGCUUUAUUUUCUAAGCAGCGCUAUGUUCAAAGCUGCAAACUCACUGGCAGACGAUCAUGACAGUUGCGUUGGACGUCAUCUGGGCAUUGCUGUUCAAAACAGGUUUAGUCACUAACGCUGGUGUCAACUGAACUGGGCGUUAUCCCCCUCAGUAAGGUCCAUUAGACCUUAUGCCAAGUCAAGUUAACAUCAUAGUUGUAACAAAACUUGUUUCGAUCAACGAGGCCAUGUACUCAUCAUUAUUUCUUGUUGUGACGUCAUGACAUUUUCAUGUUGGCGUGAAGUCAUUUUGUCAAGAAAUCAUCUGCUGCGACUAAUUCCUCCUUCAAUGUCCGGAAUAUUUUCUGGUAUGGGAAAUGUACCUUAAUUCGGUAGAAGUGGCAAAAUCGCCCUGCUUUGGGAUGUGUGUAUAGUGGAAGGGGGUUAAGAAGGUACUGGUAAAGAGAAAAAAUGGAAGGCGUAAUUAUUUUUAAUGGAGCGUUGUUAUGUGUGUGUUAGGGGGGGGGGGGUCUCGAUAUUUACCGGCUUGAGAAACUAAUGCAAAGUAGCUGUGCUUCUGUACAGAAGGAAUAUAAAUUUAUUGAAAGACUGGUAUCGAUUAGUUAAUAGCUGCUGCAUAUACUAGUAGUGACAUAAAGCUUUGCCAGGUUUUAUACAAGAAGUAAUGGGACACCCUGUAGGCGUAUGUUUCUCGAAUAGAACAUCGGUUGUGCCAUUACUCGUGUAAAUUCAAGAGAUUUGUUUAAACUGCUUACGUUUGUAGCGCGAACACGUAAUAAAAGUACAUUUUACACUCGUUUGCAAGAAUAUACCUUAAACUAUAGGGUGUCUCAAAAAUGAGUGUUUUCAUAUCAAAUUCAUAAUCUUUGGACGUAUUGCAAUGUUGUUCCUCUAUGUUCACUGCUUCCACGAGCACUAGUUUGAACUUUCAGCUUUCCUGCCCCAUCUUUUUUGUGACACCCUAUAGUAGCGUGCACGAUGUGUAUGUACAGCGAGGUUCAAUGAACUUUGCGUGGAGACACUUCACAAAUUGUACAUAAUUUAUGAAAAUUUAUGUCAUUGUUUCUAGAGCUUAGGUCGUUCGCGUUGACUAGUACCUCAUAUCCUUUGUAAGCGUGACUUAAAGCUGAACUGCCGGAGAAAAACCGCCCGAGGCGACUGCGUCAAGGAAAGUCAGUGUGUCGGAUGAACAUCCAGAUCCAGUCCCCGAGCGACUGACAUAUUUACUGCCCAGUUCAGCUUUAAGGGCCGUUUGUGUUUACUGCGCGUCCAUGUGCCACAAGCAAAUAGAAAUAAACAUCGCCGCCGUACACUAACAAAACAUGUCAACGUGACUUAAUCCUUAUGUAUGUGUUUAUAGGUGUGCAAUACAGCAAUGGUGAAAUUUACAAAAUUGAUGAAUCUCAACAUCAAUAUUUCUAUUAAAAUGAACGGCCUAGGCCAAAGAGUUGAUGUAACUUGCUGAAUUAGUUCCGUCGACCUGACAAAAGGUGGCGCAUUGUGGAAGUCAAUUACACUGUCGUAAUAUUUGUAUGUCUGCGAACAUUUUUUACAUCAUACGUAUCGAUGAAGACCUUCUUCGACCAUGUGUUAUAAAUGCAUCAAUUCCAUCAUUUGCGGUACCAAAAUAAUAAAAAAAGGAUAGCAGUACCGGUCCCUUUGAAGAUAUUAUUUGAUUCUGUAAACUACCACAUUUUCGCACCUCUCUUUUUUUGAGAUUCGCCGAAUUUAAAAAAAAAAUAAAGUACUUUUCUUCAUUUUGGGGGAUUACAAAAACAAAGUACAUGUACAUGUACAUGUAUUGUGUUUAGAGCUGAGAAUCCAAUUGGACAUUAUAAGCACUACCAAAUUGAUCUUAUUCGCGAAAUUAGCCAAAACAACAAGCGCGCGCAAAUUUGGCGGUUCGCCGUAUUGUACUGAUAGUAGUAAAGCUGACAGGUCAUAUAUACCCGCACGUAGGCCGAAGCCGAGCACUCGGGAAUGUUCGUAACGUGCAAUAUGACCUUCUUCCGAAUACAGCCACUAUCCCCGGGGCACAACCGAAAACGAGGUCAUCUCUGCAGGUACAUGGUUCAGUUCGAGUGACAGCUUCGGGAUCACCUGGGAGGAUUUAGACCUGUCAGCUAUAUCUCAAAGUGAAUAAGUGGCUUGUGGAGACAUGGCACUAUGCAUUUUUGUAAUAAAAUGAAACCUUCCAAAAUAA